AUGCCAACAGGUUUCGUUUCUGCCAGCGGGGCGCACGCGGAACUGAUGCGCCUCGGCGUACAAUCAAAGAGUCUUGCCCAGCAGUUGUUCGACGCAUAUGAUCCAGACCCGCCGGAGCACGCAGCGAAGUCGAUUUCGAAACCGGAAGGUGCGGAAGAGUAUUCGUCUCGAAUGCUCGAGUUGUUUGACUCGCUCCUCUCUCGCUCAAUGGAAUAUGACGAGGACAGCGGUCCCGCAGAAGAUUUUCUGCGACGUGUGGCCGACGCCAGAAACAGUGGAAUAAGCGCCGAGGAAGUCCUUGAAAACCUUCUGUACGAGAUCGAACAAUUGCUGGACGCUGAGGCGGGCAUCGAAGAGAGUACGAACCAAAACGACAUAGAUAUUGUAAAGAAGCUCUUUGUUAAGAAGGGGAAAAAGACAAUGUUAUUCCGCGCCCUAGACACCUUCUGGAUGUUCGUGAGAACGUACAAGGUCGCCCCAGGACUAACAACGACAACGACACGGCGACCGCCUCAUACAACUCGACCCAGGACAACAACUUCGCGGCCAACAACAACUCGCACUACCACGAGGCGAACCACGACGAUUCGCACAACCACAACGAGCACCUCGACGACGCGGACAACGACAACACGAACCUCGACGACGAGCACCACCACGACUCGGACAUUGACAACGAGCAGUACAGGGACAGAAACCUCUGGCACGGCCACAACGACAUCAACGGCAUCGAUAGACAACACGAUAUUUUCCACGUUGCGCCCCUUGUCCACUCCGGCCAUGAUACCCGGUGGAACGGCGGAGAUCUCUGUGUUUCUGGAUGUAGCCGCAAGGGUGCUCCUGAACGAUAUCUGCGCGAGCGAUCACUCCGCGUGCACCGAGCAACUAGAGGACUCUUUUCACCAAGCAGUUCAUGAAGAGUCCCGUGAAUCGGACUUCUCGAGGUCGCGGCUCGCCAUUGGCUUGAUGACCCCACGGAGGCGAGGAGUAGUUGUAGUUAUCUAUAUUCUGGAGGAUGACGACCUACGCUUCUCCAGUGUAUUGCAGAAAGUGCUCGAAGACGUUCCGCGCUGCAGGAGCGUAGAUAGUUCGCUGGCAAUCUGUCGGACGCCAAUCGGAGCCACGUUCUCUCGGCGACGGAUAACGCCCACGGUGACGAGCAUUCGCAUGAUCCCCUAA